GGUGGACAAAAGGCUCGGCGACUCGGCGGCAGGUUAGAAAUGGCAGAAAUCGUGUAUGGGAAUAUUAAACAGAACAAUGUCAGUUUGCUGUCUUUGCCCAGAUAUUUAAGUAGUUACUAGAUAUUUAACAAUGUAUCACUGUUGAUCCUUGGAGAUGAAGAAUUAUCUCAUCACAGCUGGAAAAGUGCUUUGUGUCUGAAAUGAAGUUUUCUGUUGUAACUCAGUGAAAUCCACCGGAACUGGGGAGUUGAGAACACAACAGCGUUUGUUCACUGGAGAUCAGUUAUUUAACUCACUGAUUGUGCAAGGAGUUUACUACAUCUGAUAUUUGAUUUAUGAAUUGACAAAGAACUGUGGGAAGGGAUUCACUCUUCACUCACUCAUCUCACCUGCAUGCACAACAGCGAGUUCACACUGAUAAGAUGUCGUUCACCUGCGCUGAUUGUGGGAAGGGAUUCACUCAGUCAUCCAGCCUACUGACACACCAGCGAGUUCACACUGGUGAGAAGCCGUUCACCUGCUCAGACUGUGGGCAGGCAUUCACUCAGACAUCGCAACUACAGAGACACCAGUCACUUCACACUGGGGAGAAGCCAUUCACCUGCUCAGACUGUGGGAAGGGAUACACUUGGUCAUCUGAACUGAAGAUACAUCAGCGAACUCACACUGGGGAGAGGCCGUUCACCUGUUCAGACUGUGGGAAAGGGUUUAUUCGGUCAUCUCAACUGAAGGUACAUCAGCGAAUUCACACUGGGGAGAGGUUGUUUACCUGCUCAGUCUGUGGGAAAGGAUUCACUCAGUCAUCUGUACUGAAGGAGCAUCAGCAAAUUCAUACAGGGGAGAGGCUGUUCACCUGCUCAGACUGUGGGAAGAAAUUCACUGACUCUUCCAGGCUACAGGCCCACUGGCGAGUUCAUACUGGAGAGAGGCCGUUCACCUGUUCAGACUGUGGGAAGGCAUUUACUCGGUCAUCUCAAGUAAUGAUACAUCAGCGAAUUCAGACUGGGGAGAGGCCAUUUUCCUGCACUGAAUGUGGGAAGAGAUUCAUUCAUUUAUCUGACCUACAGGUGCACCAGCGAGUCCACACUGGUGAGAGGCCGUUCACCUGCUCAGACUGUGGGAAUUCCUUUAUUCGGUCAGUUGAACUGAAGACACAUCAGCGAAUUCACACUGGAGAGAGGCUGGUCAUCUGCUCAGACUGUGGGAAAGGGUUCAUUCGGUCAUAUCAACUGAAGGUACAUCAACGAGUUCACACUGUGGAGAGACCGUUCACCUGCUCAGACUGUCGAAGGGGAUUUACUCAGUCAUCUCAACAUAAGAGACAUCAGCAUAUUUACACUGGGGAGAGGCCGUACACCUGCUCCCAAUGUGGGAAGAGAUUUUCUCAGUCAUCCCACCUUGUGACACACUACCGAGUUCACACUGGGGAAACUGUUUAAACAGGCGACAGGCUACAGGCUGGAUAUUUCGCCAUCGCAGUUACUGAAUCAAGUUCAAAAGUGACUGUUAGUGCGGAACUCGGUAAUUCAUGCUGCUGUUUAUCAAACCCAGUUCCGCACUCUGGUCACUGGGCGUGGGAGGUAAUCCUCUGCUAAUGUUCACGUUUAAUGGGACUGGAGUUUAAUGGUUUGGAUCUGUGACGCAGAAAUCAGUUCUAAUUUAAAAUUUAACCACAUUGACAGAAUCCCCUUUCUCUCCCCUGACUAUCAUCUCCUAUAACUACCGCAAGGCCUCAAUUUUCACUUCCCUGUUGCGCAUCAGAGCCGACAGUGCAGCCGGCCUUUCUGUUGCUGCCGUGUGACAGUGGAUCAACUCCCCACCCACCCAGCAGUAUCCAACAAAGUGUUCUGCUGAGGAGAAUGCCCACAGGACAGCCCUGCGCUGUCUUCCUAAUGACCCUUACCUCUGCUGGUGGUCACGUUUCUCCUGUCCGAAGCUUGUACUCUGGGUGUGGCCACUUCUUCAGCUGUUUCUGUUCAAACUUUAUUAUUAUUAUUAUCAUUAUUAUUAAAAAAAUAACACAGGUACAUUGAAGGAACAACACUCACAAUGCCUCAAAAUAAAUUAUCUUAAAGAUUGAACAUUUUUGUGAUUAAAAAAACCCUACUAAGCAAGAAAAGUGAGAGAGAAAAGAAACCCAUUGGGGGUAUAACCCCGGUGCCAUGCGUCAUACAAAAAGCUUGUAAAAAUAAACAUCAAACCGCCAACAAGAAAGAAAGAUAAAUCAAAAAACAAUUACACUUAGAUAGUGGAGGAAAUCUAUCAGAAAUGAUAAUAAUAAGCAAAUGAGCACAUUCUCAAAAUCAAAUAAAGGUUCAAAGGUUCGACUUCUAAUUUUCUCCGAACUAAGACACAGCAUCACUUGAGAGAACCAUUGUGACAAAGUUACAGCUGAUAUGUCCUUCCAUUUCAACAAGAUGGCCCUCCCAGCUAUCAAUGUAACAAACGCAAUAACAUGUUGGUCAGACACAGAAAUGCCAUGGAUAUUUUGAGGAAUUAUUCCAAAAAGCACAGUAAAUUUAUUAGGUUGUAAGUUGAUUCUGAGUGCUUUUGAAAUUGUCGAAAAGACUGACUUCCAAAACAGUUUUAAUAUAGAACAUGACCAGAACAUAUGUGUCCGUGUAGCUAUUUCAGUUUUACAUCUAUCACAAUACUUGUCAACAUUGGGAAAUAUUUUAGGAAGUCCCUCCUUCGAAAAAUUUUAAUUUGAAUCAGUGAAUGACUAGCAGAGAUCGAAGAAGAGUUAGCCAGCUUCAGAAUCCAUGUCCAAGCCUCCCAUAUUAACGUCAAACUGAGUUCCUUCUCCCAAUCUUGUUUAAUCUUAAGUAAAGGACGCUUAUCCCAUUGUAAUAAUAAAUUUUAAUUUCUUCCAAUAGAACCUUUCAUCUAAAGGUUUUUAUUCAUAAUAGUCUCUGACAAGUCAGCCUCCAAUAUGAAAGGAAAAUUACUUAAAUGUUUUUGAAUUUUUGAAACAAUAUCUAACUUGAAGGUAUUGUAAAACGUAUGAAUAUGAGAGAGUAUAUUUAUCGACUAAUUGUUCAAAAGACAUCAUUCUGCCUUCAUUAAAUAAAUCUAAAAAAGAAGUAAUACUUUUAUUUUUCCAAAGUAAACAAAAAAAUUGGAUCGCUCCAGGAAGGUUUAAAAAAGUGAUUACGAUAAAUUAUACUCCAACGUUUAAAUUUUUUAAGAUUUAAAAAAUUGUGGAACUGGAGCCAAAUUUGCAAAGAGUGCUUAACCACAGGAUAUAGGUUUAAAUUAGCAACUUUAGCUAAUUGGAUAGGUAGAGCAACUCCUAAUAAUGGAGUUAAAUAACACUGUUUCACAACUCUCAGUUCCAGGUUUACCCAAAUUGGCAGAUCAUUCCUAUUACCCUAAUAUAAGCAAAAGGACACAUAUCGCAAAUUAACAGCCAAAUAAUAUAUUCUUAGAUUAGGUAAAGCGAGACCUCCGUCCUUUUUCAACUUUUGUAAAUGAUAUUUUCUAAUUCCUGGUCUUU